CUCUUCAUCGAUGUUGAGCCCUUCAGUCUUCAUUCCCCUCUUUGCAAAACCCAAAAACCCUCUCUUUUCUCUUCAUCGAUGUUGAGCUCUUCCACACUGCGAAAGCCCUCUCUUUUCUCUUUCCCCUUCGCGAGACUCCUCCUCCUCCCUUCUCUCUUCUCCUCCUCCUCCUCCUCCUCCUUCUCUUCCUGCAAACGCCGAUUAUCGUCCCCCUUCCUCUCGUCUCCUCUCAAACCCCCACUCCCCAAGAAGAUCGCUUCCACCAUCUCCGUCCAUGGCUUUUACUGGGAUGACCCCUUCCACUGGAUGUCCAACACUUCGGACCCCGAUCUCCUCCGUUAUCUUCAUCACGAAAACUCUUAUGCCCAAGCUUUCAUGGCUGACACCCAAGAACUCCAGAGAAUGUUCUUUGCCGAGAUGAAGAACCGCAUGCCUCCGAAGAUCUCCACCCCGCCAGAACGCUGGGGAAAAUGGUUAUACUAUCAACAUGUUCCUGAGGGAAAGGAAUAUCCAGUUUUGUGUCGAAAGUUGAGUUGUCAUGAUGGUUUUUUUGGAGCAUUUCUUAAUCAUAAGAAAGGCCCUCAAGAGGAAACAUUGUUAGACUGGAAUGAAAUUGCUGAACAAUAUGGUUAUGUUAAUAUAGGCACUUGCCGAAUUUCUCCUGAUCACAAUUUCCUUGCAUAUACAUUGGAUACCAGAGGUAGUGAGCUGUUUGUGCUUCAACUUAAAGACCUUAGAACUGGAGCCAUGAUUUUAGGAUCAGAAAUUGAGGGGGUUCUUAGCUUGGCAUGGGCUAGUGACAGUGAUUGUUUGUUCUACACACUUUGUGAUGAAAAUCAACGCCCUAACAGAGUUUUUGGUAGAAAACUGGGAGCUGAUGUGGCAGAUGAUUUGCUAUUUACUGAAAAUGAUUUGGGUUGUUGUGUUGAUAUUACAAGCACAAAAGAUGGCAAGUUUAUCACAAUUAACUCUAAUUCGAGGGCGUCAUCUGAGGUUUAUGUCAUGGAUGCAGCAAACUAUGAAAAUGGCUUAAUGCCUGUUCGAAAACGUGCUCCUGGUGUGCAAUACUUUUUAGAGCAUCACUAUGGCUUUUUCUAUAUUCUUACAAAUGCUCCCUCUGAAAACAUCACCUUCGCUACUGAAGGUUACCAUUUAGUUAGAUGUAGAGCUGAAAAAUCAUCAUUGUCCACCUGGCAGGAUAUUGUCCUACCUGGUCAAGAUGUCACAUUUCAGGAUAUGGACAUGUUUCAUGGACAUUUGGUGCUUUCUCUUAAAAAAGAAGGCCUUCCAAUGCUUUGUUCUAUAAAUAUGCCUAUUAAUGUUGAUAAUGAGCAAGCAAAGUAUAUUGAGGAUCUCAACCCAUGGUUUUUCCCUCUGCCAUCUGCCUUGUGCAGUUUCCUGCCAGCUUCAAAUCAUGAUUUUGCUUCGUCUGUUUACCGGCUUGUUGUUUCAUCACCUGUGGUGCCUGAUCUGAUAGUUGACUAUGAUAUGUUUCAACGGAAGUUCACAUUCUUGCAUCAAGAGGAAUUUAUAGGCCUAACGGCCAGUACUAAUCCUUCUAGAAUUCAAUCGAAUGGUGAACUACAUUUCGAAAAAGUAGAAACCUCUCAACAGUGGACUGACCUUUCUGAAACAUACUCCUGUGAAAGGCGGGAAGUUAUUUCCCAUGAUGGUGUUGUGAUUCCCCUAACCAUUUUAUAUUCUCAGAAAGUACAUUCAAGUGGCAACUCUCCUGGGCUUAUAUAUGGAUAUGGCGCUUAUGGCGAAGUCUUAGAUAAGGGUUGGUCUGCAGAUCGUAUCAGCUUGCUUGAUCGAGGUUGGGUUAUUGCAUAUGCAGAUGUAAGGGGUGGAGGGGAUAGAGCAUGGCAUCAGGCUGGAAGCAAAAUGAACAAGCUGAAUUCAUUUCAUGAUUUUGCUGCAUGUGCCAUUUAUCUUAUUAGUGAGGGUUACGUUCACAAAAAUCAGCUGGUGGCAAUUGGUUGCAGUGCAGGAGGCCUUCUUGUUGGUGCAACUAUCAACAAGUACCCUGACUUAUUUUGUGCUGCCAUUUUGAAGGUUCCAUUUCUUGAUAUUUCCAACACAAUGUUGGACCCCAGUUUGCCUUUGACCAUUUUAGAUUAUGAUGAGUUUGGUGAUCCUAAUGUCCAAGAAGAAUUUGAGACUAUUCACAGUUAUUCUCCAUAUGAUAACAUUGUUCCAGGAGUUUGUUAUCCUUCAACACUGGUUACAGCGUCAUUUCAUGAUUCUAGGGUUGGAGUAUGGGAAGCUGCUAAAUGGGUGGCAAAAGUGAGAGAAAAGACAUGCCCAAGCUGUUCUCCCUCAGUCAUUCUCAAAACCAAUAUGGAUGGGGGACAUUUCAGUGAUGGCGGACGCUUAAAACAUUGUGAGGAUAUGGCUUUUGAGUAUGCCUUUCUAAUCAAAACUACUGGAUUUCUUCAUGAUGCAAAACAGUGAGCUAGCUAUUCGAAUGCCCUAUUUAUUCUGAAACUAAAGGAGCCGGGGGCAAUAUCAUUGUCCAAUGCCUCAGGCGUCUUUCAUCUUAAUUCAAAGAACUUAAAUUGCCAACUUACUAGCACAUUGAUGACUGAACCGCUAUUUUUGUCAAAUGUCUUAUUUUCUCUGUAACCUGUCCCACUGACAAUUAUUGAUUGAUGUUUUAUGAGGUUUCUGCCAUCAGACUUGACGGCCAUACUGCUGUGAAGUUGAAUCUCUGAUCUGAAAUUUCUUCUAUUUAUUGACAUUUAAAAGUUUCCUCCUCUCUAGA